CAAGUAUGCAUAUUGAUGUGCCUUUCUGGGUGUCGGUCCCUCGGCUUCACAGUUUGCCAGAGAAGAAGCAGAUGAGCAGGUAAUUGUGGAGAAAUACAAAGGAACGAAGCUUGCAAUCUACACCUAAAAUGGAGACAUAUUUCACUGUGACUACUUUAGCUGUCUUAUUGAUUGCAAUAGUCCUUCAGUCAGCGUUGUCUCAAACCCAGACAGGUCCCGCAGCAGGAAGAGUGAACGUCCCUUGCUUCAGGAAAGGUGCUAUUUGUUAUGAGGCUCCAGUUAAUCCUGGGACGCUGGUAUUGAAUGUAAGUGGACCUACAGGACCUAAAGGCUCCCCCGGAGCAGCUGGACCUACUGGACCAGCCGGACAAAAGGGCGCUGAGGGUCCUCAGGGUAUCAGGGGUCCCCAGGGGACCCCAGGGUCGGUUGGCCCCCAGGGUCCACAGGGUGUCCAGGGAGUAAAAGGUGACCCCGGUUCACCCGGAAUAACAGGGCCUAUGGGUCCUCAAGGAAACCCAGGACCACAAGGUAUUCAAGGAUUGCAAGGACCAGCAGGGCCACAGGGUCCAGCGGGAGGCCCAGGACAGAAGGGAGAGGUUGGGCAACAGGGAGCUAUGGGUCCAGUUGGUCCAGUGGGGUCUCAAGGUCCAGUGGGUGCUAAGGGGGACAAAGGAGCACAGGGAGUAGUGGGACCACAAGGUGCAGCUGGUAAUCCUGGCAUCCAAGGACCUACCGGACAAAUGGGUCCACCAGGCCCGACCGGGGUAGGGCAGACAGGGCCAACUGGUCUGGUUGGGGCAGCUGGCCCCAUGGGACCCCAGGGACUCCCAGGAAACACCGGAAGCCAAGGCCAAAAAGGUUCCAAGGGAGAGACUGGUGUACAAGGUAUACAAGGUGCUAACGGCAUACAGGGAGUCAAAGGGGAGAAGGGAGACGUUGGUCAACAAGGAAGCCCCGGCCUGCAGGGUAAUGAUGGACGGGCUGGUGUCACCGGUGCUGCUGGACAGAAGGGAGAGCAAGGCCUUCAAGGAUUGACAGGACCCACAGGCGCAAAGGGAGAAGUAGGUUCUUCUGGGACAAAGGGAGAACCAGGAGCUGUCGGUGCUGCCGGUGGGUCCGGUCCAAAGGGCGACAGGGGCAACGUUGGUCCACAAGGACCUGUAGGGGCAACUGGUGCCGCUGGCGGUGUUGGGCCGACGGGACCCCAGGGUCUUCAGGGUAUCCAGGGAGCACGUGGCAAUACUGGUGUCACGGGACCCGCGGGGAGCGUAGGACCCAGGGGUCUUCAGGGUGUGGCGGGACCUACGGGGUUGCAAGGUCCCAAGGGAGAACCAGGGACCAAUAAAGGUGAACCCGGCCCUCGAGGAUUCAACGGCAUAGAUGGCGCUACUGGAGCUACAGGACUCCCCGGACCACAGGGGGUCAAAGGUGAAAGGGGCGUGGCAGGUCUUACAGGAGCCGCAGGAAAAGAUGGCACCCAAGGUCCUACUGGUCCACGAGGUUUGACUGGCCCAGCAGGGCCCGUUGGAGCACAAGGACCAAAAGGAGAGAUUGGAUCCCAGGGAAUUAAAGGUGAUAUAGGCACUAGGGGCGCUGCUGGCGUAACAGGCCAGACAGGACCAAGGGGACCUACCGGGAUAGCGGGAGUGACCGGUAACACAGGACAAACCGGGCAAACUGGACCAACCGGCGCUACUGGCGCCACAGGGCAAACUGGCCCCCAGGGUCUCAACGGCCUGGUGGGACCCAUGGGUCCCCAAGGGCCACCCGGACCUCCAGGAGGACCUCCGGGACCCCCUGGUCCACCGGGACCCGCUUCGCCGUUCGCCACCAACGAGUGUGAGGACAACAACGGCAAUUGCUCUCAGAUCUGUGUGGAUACGUAUGAUGGAUACUGCUGUAUGUGCAAGGCAGGAUACAAGCUAGAACCGCUUACGAUUCCUGGAUGCACAGUUGAUAACAUCGUCUGCCGUGAGACACUAGACGCUGGGUAUCAAUGUAUCUGUAACAUUGGCACUAAGAUGAUACCUGUCAAUGGCACAGACUGCAUAAACUUCGAUGAGUGUUCAGUAGCAAACGGUGGCUGUCACCAGAAGUGCACAGACACAGACGGAAGUUACUACUGCUCAUGCGUACCAGGGUUCCGCCUCGGUCCGGAUAUGCACACGUGUGUCGGUAAGAACGUUACAGAAAUGGAAGUAAUAUUCUAA